UGCGAUUACGUAGUGCAGUUACGUAUUGUUUUGAGAAUAUAUUAUCAAGAUUUUGAAGCAUACACAAUUAAUUUUUUUGUUUGAAUAUAGCAAUACAUUUGUAAAAUUCACUAAUCAUCGAAAAACAAACAAAUGACAGUAAAUGGGGAAACAUCUUCUGCUCAAUGGGCACUGGAUCUUUUGGAACCUACACCUGACGAUUAUAAGAGAAGUUUUUACGAUUAUUGGCCCUUAGCUACUGGUUUUUUAACAGGUGCUGGAGGAUCUAUCGUAAGAAAUAUGCUAUUAAAACUACCGCUUCAUACUGGUGCACAUAUAACUGUUUUUUCUGGCGCAAUUUGUACUCUUUUGGGAUGUGGUUUUCUGUUUAUAAACGAAAUUAAGAAAUCUAGAAAAGAUGCAGUACUGAGAGAUUAUAUAAGGCUUCACCCAGAGCGAUUUCCUGCACCACAAAAUAGAAAAUUUGCAGACAUGUUUGAACCAUGGGUACCAGUACGUUAAAGAAUUGAAAUUUUUUUUACAAAGUAAUGUAGUACUUCAUUUAGUAGUGAAUAUAUAAAUAAAGUACAUAGA